AUUUGGUGGAGAGACCUCGAUUCAUAUCAUCAGUGGUGAAUAUAGAAGCCAUAUCAGUUUUUGGACCAAAACUUGGAUCUAAACUCUCUAUUCGUUCUCAGACCAAUUCACUUCCGGCAUGCAAACUCUCUCGAUCUUCAGUGAUGUCAUUUCCCAGGAAGCCUACACAGCUUGUUCCUUUGAAAGCCACUAAUAAUACUCUGGCUUGUGAUGAUGAAAAAAACAAUCGUCAAUUCACGAAGUUGGCACCUUCUGAAUGGAGUCAUAAUUCGUCUAUGCUCAUGAAAUUGAUUUGCUUGGAAGAGAAAUCGAAGAACUAAAGCCACAAGUGAGUGGCAUGUUUAUGUCUUCCAAAGGCAUUGACUCGACCAAGAAGAAAAUCCUUUUUUUUAUAUCUGCUUGUGAGCCUGACAUUUUAAUAGUUUAAAUUGGAGUAUUAGUUCUAAUUUGUUGUAAAUGUAGUUAAAUGUUAAGAUUGAGAAAAAAUGAAAGAUAUUGAUCUAAAUUGUGAUAAUGUGACAGAUAAUCAUUGAAUCAUGUUUGUAACUAAGUAAGAUUAAAUUAAACACUAAUUUAAAUUAGUUUUUAAACUCUAAACUCGUCGGAAAUCCGUCGGAAAUUUCUCACCAAUUUCCAACGGGUUGUUUUUCUAACGGAUUUUUGACAGAAAUCUGAAACCUAUCAGAAAUUCGUCGGAAAUUUCUGAUGGAUUUCCGACAAAUUAUUUUCUGACGGAUUUUUGACGGAAAUAAAAAUUUAUCGGAAAUUCGUCGAAAAUCUAUCAUAAAUUUUUCAACGAAUUUUGACCCGUCGGAAAGACCGUCAGAAUUUGCUAUGUUUUCGUGUAGUGAAUUCGUCUAUGCUCAUCUCUCUCUCUCGUUUACAUACCUUAUUUUUCAAGGAAAUUGAUUUGCUUGGAAGAGAAAUCGAAGAACUAAAGCCACAAGUGAGUGGCAUGUUUAUGUCUUCCAAAGGCAUUGACUCGACCAAGAAGAAAAUCCUUUUUAUAUAUCUGCUUGUGAGCCUUGGUCUCGCGUAUCACUUUGAGGAUGAGAUCGAGGAGAGUCUAAAAGAUGGUUUCACAAAUAUGGAAGAGAUGAUGACUGGUGAAGAUGAUUUGUACACAGUUUCCGUCAUCUUCUGGGUUUUCAGGACAUAUGGUCACAACAUUUCUUCUGGGGACAAUGGUGAAUUCAAGGAAUGUCUAACCGGAGAUGCUAAAGGUAUCCUGAGCUUGUAUGAAGCUGCUCACAUGGGGACGACAACAGAUUAUAUAUUGGACGAAGCCCUGAGCUUCGCAUCGAGUCACUUGGAGUCAUUAGCUGCAAAUGAGACAUGCAAACCUACUCUCUUAAGGCGUAUACGAAAUUCUCUGGAUCAACCGCAGCACAUGAACAUGGAAAUAAUAGUCGCAAAGGAAUAUAUCCGAUUCUAUGAACAAGAAGAAUAUUGUGACAAGACGCUACUCAAGUCUGCCAAACUUAAUUUCAAAUUCCUACAGCUACAUUACCUUCAAGAACUCAAAACACUCUCAGAGAUGGUACAAGGAUCAAGACUUUGAAUCAAAGUUGCCACCUUAUUACAGAGACAGACUCGUUGAAAAUCACCUCGUUUCGCUAACAUACUUCGAGCCAAAAUACUCACGGGAUUUUGUUGAUCAAAUUGUAUGUUAUUGAAAUAGUUCUAGAUGACACAUGUGACAGAUAUGCUUCUCUGGGGGAGGUCCAAAGCCUUGCCAAUACAUUCGAAAGAUAUCUGCAAGGAAGAAGCUUAUGAGUGGUUGAAAUCUAGAGACAAACUCGUGAGAUCAUUAUCUAUAGUAGCACGAGUGAGAGAUGAUAUGCAUGGCUUUGAGGAUGACAUGAACAGAGGAUAUGUUACGAACUCGAUCAGCUGUUAUAAGAAGCAACAUGGAGUUAGUGAAGAGGAAGCCUUUAUAAAGCUUCGUCAAAUGGUAGCAAAUGUGUAUAAGAUCGUGAACGAGGAGUUCUUGAAGAAGAUCGAUGUGCCAAACCAGGUUCUCAAAGCAGUCAUCAACUGUGCACGUAUGAUAAAUGUUAGCUACGAAAUAGAUGACGAAUUUACCCGUCCUGGUGUAAAACUCACGAGCCAUAUCACUGCUAUUUACGUUGAUCUUUGAGGACUAUAUGGUAUAUCCAUUUAAAGUACUUGUGUUUUUGAAUAAAUUUGUUAGGGCUUUGUUGUGAGAUAGGCUUUACCGGUGUUCAAGCCCUAUCUACAAGCCGUAUAGUUGCUGUCUUUUAUUGGAUCCUCUCUGGCUCUCUAAGCGUGUUUUUUGGGGAUUAUCUAAAGCUUUCUUGUUACUUCGCCUUUGAGCAGUUUCUGAAGUUUAAUAAAAUGAGUUUUGUUUCAU